AUGGAUCCUAAUCAUUUUCAUUAUCAACAAGCUUUUUUCAAUUACAUGCAAAAUUCUCAAAAUUCCACCGGUGCCAACAAACCCCGCCAUAUUUCUUUUGUCACAAACAAUCCAAAUAUGUAUCCUAUACCUCAAAUGAAUUCUAAUAGUAUGAAACUCUCUACUCAAGUUCCACCAUUUUCUACUCAAGUCCCACCAUUUUCUACUUAA